AUGCGUGAAACAGCAACGGGAGCAGGAUUUGGCCAGCACUCGAACCAGCUGCGAGUUAAGCGAGCGCGCUUCCUACCUCAGUCCUCAGAGCCAAUCCUUUUCCCGAGGUUACGGAACAAAUAUGCGACUUCCCUUACCUACAUUAUUCUAGUGCCAGAUGCUCUUCAUCUUGGAGACCUGAUGCUGAUAUGGGUACGGCCUGCCGCGAAAAUCACAAUGCCUCCCUCGGAUUUUCAAGGGAAGAAAAAGAGCGUACCGGACACCACAAGAGGGGUGGUGCUUAACGGAGGCGAAACCCCUAUCUCCGGACAACCCGAUUCCAGGGGUGGUAGCCGUCCUUGCAAAGAAAAGAAAACUCUUCCCGGAACUCUUACCGACGUCUCCGAGUUCUUUUGCGUUGCCGCGCUUGAUGAUGUCAGUAACUCGCACCGAAACGAUACAAGCACACAAGCAGGACCUAACUCCGUGGGCAUGGUCGGGAAUAUUAACCCGAUUCCCUUUCGCUCCGAGGGGCUGCCAGCACCCACACAAAUGCUUCAAAUAAUGAGAGCAACACAGAAACGUAUAAGGGACCCCAACGACUCUGUACCGAGUCAUCGGAUCGCUUAG